AUGUCUAUCAACAUUGGUAUCAACGGAUUCGGCCGUAUCGGUCGCCUUGUGAUGCGCGCCGCUGCCAACAAGCCCAAUAUCAACAUUGUUGCCGUCAACGAUCCUUUUAUUCCUGUUGAUUACAUGGAGUACAUGUACAAAUAUGACUCCACCCACGGAAGGGUCGACCACGAAGUCACCCACGAUAAGGAAGCAAACACUGUCUCCAUUGACGGAAAGCCCAUCAAGGUUUUCGGAGAAAUGGAUCCUGCAAAGAUUGAUUGGGGAUCUGCUGGAGCCGACUACGUCGUCGAAUCUACCGGUGUUUUCACUUCCACCGAGGGAGCCUCUGCCCACUUGAAAGGUGGAGCCAAGAAGGUCAUCAUCUCUGCUCCAUCAGGAGAUGCCCCCAUGUUUGUGAUGGGAGUUAACGCUGAGAAAUACGACCCAUCCAUGGAUGUUGUCUCCAAUGCUUCCUGUACCACCAACUGUUUGGCUCCUAUGGCCAAGGUCGUCAACGACGAGUUUGGACUCAAGGAAGGUUUGAUGACCACUGUCCAUGCUGUGACUGCCACUCAACAAACUGUUGAUGGGCCAUCCAUGAAAGACUGGCGUGGAGGACGCGCUGGAUGCUACAACAUCAUCCCCUCUUCGACUGGAGCCGCCAAGGCCGUCGGAAAGGUCAUUCCUGAAUUGAACGGAAAGUUGACUGGUAUGUCUUUCCGUGUCCCAACUAUCAACGUUUCUGUCGUCGACUUGACUUGCCGCUUGGAGAAGGGAGCCUCUUACGAGACCAUCUGCGCAGCCCUCAAGGAUGCAUCUGAAGGAAAGAUGAAGGGAAUCCUUGGAUACACUGACGAAGAUGUCGUCUCCACCGACUUCAUUUCCGAUUCCCACUCUUCCAUCUUUGAUGUUAAGGCCGGUAUUGCUCUUACCGACGACUUUGUCAAGCUUGUUUCGUGGUACGAUAACGAGGCUGGAUACUCUACCCGUGUCUUGGACCUCAUCGAACACAUGGAGUCCCAAGCCUAA